AUGCUGAGAAAAAGCUUCAAUUUGAUGGUACGAAAGGGUAUAUCGCCUUUUUUCGCCGGGUCAAAAGCAGUCCAAAUAAGCGCAUCCAGAAGCAUUUCCCUCAAACCUAAGUUCGAGAAGCUGAAACUAACGCCUCCACCUCCCGGUGGUGUGGAAGGAGGGGUGAACGACGAUUUAAAAAAACCAGAAAUCGAUUUUUUCCAUGGCUCGUACCACUGGGACUACGAAAGAAUCACGGCCGUAGCGUUGAUCCCACUAACCAUGAUCCCCAUGUAUGGGGCAAUCGCCAGCAAUGCGAUGUACCCUAUGAUAGAUACUGCUCUUUGCUGCACGCUCUUGAUACACGCACAAUUGGGCUUCACCAGCUGCAUUAUCGACUAUAUCCCAAAGCGCAAGUUUGGCAUUUGGCACCGACUUGCGAUGCUCACACUUUAUUCUGGAACGGCGUUUGGGUUGUAUGGAGUUUACGAGCUGGAAACAAACAACAAUGGACUAGUUGAUUUGAUCUGCAAGCUGUGGAAGAACGAGGAAGCCGAUUUGCCAAUUUUUUCCAGAUAUUAA